AUGGAAAGGCAAAUACAGACAAAAGGUGAGAUAUUAUACGAAUUACUUACUUAAAUAUUGUUUUAAAAUUAAUCAAUAAUGAUCCGUUUUGAUCAAAGCUGGUACCAGUUCACGAUCUUGUCAAAAAUGGAACUGAAAACACGGGCAAAUUAAGGCGGUAUACGCUUCAUUGUUUGUAUAAAGGCUUAAGGCCAUGAAGUUCAUAAACUGACAGUCUGACAGAGUGCUGCUAUACUCACAACAGACAGAAAUUUGCUUCUAUUUAUGUCGUAAGAAAGUUUGUAAAAUCUACAGCUUGUGGAAAUUGGUAAAGUGAUACGUGAUAUUUUUAUGUUUAGAUGGAGAAAGGUAAUAGGAACCGUAUAGCUUUAAAUGCCCCCAAGAGUUCCCAAAAUACCUAAUUGACAUUGUGUGUGACGUGAGUGAAAUUAUGAGCGUAUGCUCGUCUCGUAUUUGAUUGUAAAACAUAUGCAAGAACAACCAUGUCAGGCAUGGGCGUAAACACGUGAAAACCUCGCAACCUGAUCAACAAGAUGUGUUCGCAACAGGCUGGUAGCAAGCUUGUCAACAAGUUGUAAAAACGCUGAAAGUGUUAUUUUAUUUUAUCAAGUUGCUCACAUGCAAGGUUGUCAUUCACAACUUGUUGAUGAAUUGUUGGGGCCAGUUGUCCAAAGCUGGGUCAGUUUAACCCUGGGUUAACCUAAAAUUCAAAGCAAACUUCCUGACAGCUUGUCCAUAAAUUUGGAAAUAUUUCCUCAGAGAUCUUGUCUGGAGUUUUCAUCUCUGAAGUUUUGAAAUAAACAGACGUACAUAAAUACACAAACUAAAACAGCAGGUUAAAUUUUUACCCAAGGUUAGCGCUAACCCACCUUUGAACAACUGGCCUCUCAGACGAUCGAUAACAAGGUAACAAGUCUUUUGUGCUCAACAACCUCGGAGCAAGUUGUCAACAAGCCGUUGACAACUUGCCAACAAGCUGGGAACAAGCAGUGCGAACACAUCCUGUUGACAAGUUGUUGGAACAGCAUUGCUACAAGUCUGCUGCAGGUUUGUUACAACUUGUGCGUUUUUACGUGUGUAGUCUAUAUUGUUGGUGAGCACGCAUGCGUAACUGGAAUCGUGCAUUUGGCUGUUCUAGGUAAUUGCCACGAAUACACCCAGGCCUCGAAAUAUAACCUCCGGACAAUUCUCACCUGUAAAUUGUUAGUUUGAUCGCCGGCAAAUAUCGCUUACCGGACCUUGUUACCGAACACAAAUGAAAAAAUGCGGAUUUUUUCUGUCCCAACAAUUCCCUGUGCUUAUUUCGGAGAAAAGCAACGGCAGACAUUGCUCCUAAGCUGGGCUAAGGCCGGCAUGUGCCCUAUGGCUAUAUGUUCGCGACUCAAAUUACUUUCAUUUGUCAUUAAAACUUUGUGGCUGAGGCGAUAUGCAUGGCAAACAAUAGCUUAAUUGCGUGUCACCGAGUGAGAUGUCUAAAAUUACUGAUAUUUAAUAAGAGGAGAAUCUUUUAUAGGUAACACGCGCUCAAAACUAUGAUGAAUAUACAUUUCCACUUGAUUACUGUUUACUGAUUAUAUUCAACAUACGUUUCUCAAGCGGCGAACGGCCUUUAAAAACUAAAAAAGUAUGUUUAGACUUCAGUGCUUUCUGUAAAAUUAUGCAUGCUAAAAUGAAGAGAUUUUAGAUGGUACGCCAAAGAGAAAUGACUUCUAAAGUUCAGUAAGUUUUGCUUGUAUUGCUAUAUAAUUAAUAAAAUAUGGCGUCACUUUUACAGCGUCAAUGUCAAUGCACAAUGAUAAUUGUUUUUAAAAUAAUAAUUAAUAUUUUUAAUUAUUAUUUUGUGUUUCUCAACCGCCAGUACAUUUAAAAAGGUUGUUAACUGUUUAAACUACAAAAUAAAGCUAAAACAAAGUACUUUUGAAAGGAAGGCCAAAAAGACUUUAGAUUUUGAACACUUUUCAUCGCAAAAUGAAAAAAUGCCUUCUAGUCCUAUUAAAUGCGAAUACAUCUGUCCUUAUUGAUGAGACGGAGUUAGAAGAGGAUGCACAAGAGGAAACCUAAAAUAACUUUCCAUAACCUUUCAACCCUCCUGUUAAUCUAGUACUCUUUUUUUUCCUUCUAUAAGGUGGUCGAGAGAAAAGUUCAGACGAAUUGAGAAGGGAACGAAGACGUCUUCCACGUGCUCAGCGACAGCAAAACACCCAUACUCCUGAGCGAAGGACGUCAGAAUCGAGUAUUCCCGAUGUUAAACAACAACCUACACGUAAGUUCUUCCUAUAUAUACAGUAUCUCAAGUACAGAGCUGCAAAAAGCAUAGGCAUUUUUUUUUUGGGGGGGGGACAACUUUUGAAAACCAAGGGAAUUCGGGCAAAUGCUAGGAAAAAUCAAGAAAAUCCGGGCGGAUUUACCAGAUUAAACCAGAAUAUUUGUUAAAUUCAGGUUAUUUCAUUACGAUCCUCCAUAAAAAUUCGAGAAAUUCGACUGCCCAACCUCGUACCCAGGCUCUCUUCUCUACGCUCCUCGCUGCAUGGAGGAAGAGACCCAUCCUCGGUCCCAGGGCUCACAGUUGACACUGCGUUGUGCCAGCCGUGAGGCCCUGGGACCGAGGAUGGAAGAGACCCUGGUGAAUGCUGGUCAUGUGGCUCCCAGAUUUUGGAGGAUCCUCCUUUAGAGGGUGGAGUCUUAAGAUUAUUUUUAAAAUUUAUAUAAUAGUUAUAGUCACUAAUAAAUGCCAAAUGGUCUCAAUAUAAAUCUACUUUUCUUUAUAUUAGUAUUGUGAUUUGUAAUUGUAAUUAAAAAACUCAUUAACAAUUCAUGAGGAAAAUACAAAAGAAAUGAAUGUUUAAUCAAUGUUUGUAAAUCGGAUAAAGAUUUGUCCUGAUUUACAUAAACUUCAGCUUUGAUUUUCUCGGCUUAGACAAUGUUUAUUUUUAAAAUUACUUCGCCAAUGAACUCAUAAGAUGGGUCGUUUUUUAUGCACGAUAAAACAUUCGCAUCCGAUCUUUAUCUGAUAUACAAACUCUCGAUCGCCUUCGGCUUGAGUUUGUAUAUCAGAUAAAGAUCGGCUGUUCAUGUUUUAUCUAGUACUUGUAAUUUGUAAUUGUAAUAGUAUUAUGUAGAUAUUUCUAAUGUGCACGCGGCUCCAUGGAAGAGCACAUUUUGUGAAAUGGACUCCGUGUGUAAAUAAAGUUUUAAUAAUAAAUAAUAAAAAUGUAAUGUUCACAGUUAUUUAGAAAUUUAAUUGAUCUAAAAAUUAUCUACAAAGUUAAAAUCUAAAAUGUAUGUUUUAUAAUUGAAUCUAUAUGCAUGUAUGUUUAAUUGUCUGUCUGCUCUACUCAUUUACUAACAUAUACUAGAUACUGCAAAAUUUAUAAUUACACCAGGUCGACAAAGUGGUUCAGACGAGUUUGAUAACCAUGAUGAAAAAAGGUCAUCGUCGAGAUUAGCUCAAGAACGAAAACCCAGCAUUCCCGCUCGCCAACACUCCACUGAAAGUAUUAAUCACAGCGCAGCAAGUUCAACGACAACACGUUCAGAAUCUGCAGAGCCGAUGUACAGAACUUCAGGUGAAUGUUUGCUUUAUAGCCUUUACUGAUUCAUAAACAUUAUGCAGAAAACAUAAAAUACUGUUGACAGAUUUGCAGAGCGUAUGCCGCGCGCGUGCCUGCGUCGAAUUCCUAUUCGUGGCUUACGUUAAAGUUGGACGUGCAUUUGUCGUUGUCGUCGUCGUUGCUGUUGUUGUUGCCAGUGUUCUUGUUGUUGCUCUUGACAUGUACGUUGUUGUUGUUGUUGUUGCUGCUGUAUUUGUUAUUGUUGUUAGAAUUAGUCUGUCGCCUUGUGGAAUGGAACAUUCCAUCUUCAACCUAAUGAAAAUAAUAUUCCAUAUCCUUGCCAUUGUAGGAAUGAAUACAUUCAUUAUUUGUAUUCAUUAUGUAUUCAAGAUUUUCCAUGCUUUCACAAACUGGUACAAUAGUUAAUAUAAGCAGAUGCGAAUUUCAGUUGACCAAGGAAGUACUAGACUUCUUUAAGGUUCUCUCGAAUUGCUUUCAUUUUUUACAGGAAUGAGUCUCGUAAUAGACUGGAUUUUUUUUACAGGAAUGAGUCUCGUAAUAGACUGGAUAGACUUAGCAUUUCUCACGAAGGCCAAAAUCCACCAUUUUUGGGGUACUGUCUGCCCUCGUAAAAUAUUCUAGACAAUCCAAGCAACGUGAAAAGCGACUUUUAAAAGUUGUAACUGUAAGUUUACCAUUAUACAAACAACUACAAUACUAAAAAGUUGUAUUACGUGGCGCGGAGACUCUCAAACGUGGUUGACGUUGGUUGACGUUAAAGAGGCAGUACCCCAAAAAUGGCGGAAAACCUGAAACCAAUUCGAGAGAGACUUGGUACAAGUUUUAAGGGAAGUUAUCGAAAGUGGUGUAUUCCAAAAAUGUCACUACCAAAACUGCGCGAAUAGUAGCCUGAUAUGAGUUUGGGAAGAUAUCUUAGGAAAUGUCUAUAUGUUUACGUUUUCUGGCAGGCAAACGUUUAGCUUAAAAGUAGCAGGUGUUAUGACAGAAAUUUGCAUAUGUCAAAAAUAACGUUAUUAAAAAGUUAAACAUGCACACAAAAACUACAUGUUGUUGUAGCAACAACACAUUGUACGGCUAAGCUUCACAUUUUUUGACAUAUGUCUUGCCUGGCUGAACAAUAUAGCCAAUCUACUGUCUGAUAUAUAAGACAUAAGUGUAUUUGUGGAAUACCUGCACUGUCUAGAGUCUAUAGCUUUACGAGGAAAUUUUGGUAUAUUUUAAAGAAUAAUGAGUGCGGGCACUCGGGGACGAGAAGGAGCUAACCAGCAAGGUUCGUUCAAUAAUAACUGUUAAAGUCUUUAACUUAAAGACAGAUUUAUCGGUUUUCAAAGGAAGAAGUAGUACCUUUUCCAUGAUAUAACUAUUUUUAGUUGAUUAUUAUCAAGAUAAAAUUUGACAUUAAGGAUUAUUAAAAUUAUUAAAAUGUGCCAGCUCGCAGGCACUUUUCGGAUUUGCGCAGGCACAUUUUAAUUAAAAUACUGUGUUAAAAUUUUGCUGUCAUUACAGUAAGACUAACUUUACAAGUCGUAUUGAGGGCACAAUUAAAACUAACCCCAAAUUUUUGUGAUGUUUGGCGAAUGAUGUUUGAUGAUGGCGAAGCAUUUCUAAAACGAAAUGUAUAAUGUAUUUGAAUGGAACAAAUUGUAGCAAGUCUGUUAUCGUCAUCAACCUUGUAACAAGGUGAUAACAACUUGUUUCAGACUUGUCACAACUGGGAACAAGCUGUGCGAACACAUUCUGACAUCGGCUUGGCAACAACCUUGAUCACACACGUAAAAACGCACAAUUUGUUACAGGUCUGCAAACAAGUUGUUACAAAACUGUUCACAAGCUGUCGACAAGUUGUGUUCGCACUGCUUGUUUCCAGUUGUAACAAGUUUGGAACAAGCUGUUAACAACUUGUAACAAGCUUGUUAACAACUUGUAACAAUAGCCAAUCUUCAAAUGGAGCUAAGAGCCCGUCUUACAUGCGGCCAACAGAGCAUGACAAGGAUCGAGGGGAAUGAGAAUGGUUGCAUCGCAAUUGCAGAUCAAAAUUUAGGAAUGCGCAGUUCAAUCUUAGGCAGGAUUCCUGGCUUUCGGCAACGGAUUAUCCCAGAGCCUCGCGUUCCUUCCCGAGGAUCGCAGGCAGAUUUCAUUUGGCGGGAAGUUAAUAUGUAUACGUUACAUGAAGUAUAGAAGUGGUUACCAAGAAACAUUCAAUAUUUUUAUUUAUACUGUAUUUUUCUCUACAGGCAAACAUGAAAACGUCAAAAUAACAGCGUAUGUAGGCAUGUUUAAAGCAAAGAUUUUAGUCAUUGGACCACGAGAGGUGAGAAGAAAGCAAAUGCUAAUAUUUAAUGUUGAUUUAACUUCAAAAUGUUUGUGAAAAAACACCAAAAAUUAUGUAGUUUUAAGUGGGCUGCCUCAAAGUAUAAGUAUUGAGGAAACAAUUUUGCUUUUCUGAGUUGAAUGAGCUCUUGUGCGUGUAGAGUGUAUUCUGUGUACAAUACUAAGAAGAUUUUGGGCAUGGAGUCACUAUACCUUUGUGUGAAUUUUUCGCUUCUAGCCAGUGUACUGGUUUAUGUACUUGCUAGCUGCAAAGUUUGGAAGUUGUGCACUUGAGACUCUCCAAAUUUACUAGUCAAUAUAUAAUAAUUUACUAAACAUCAAGCCCGAGAUCCCAGUUGCAUUGAUACACAGUGGAAUGUAACUUUCUACAGUGGACGUACUCUGUUAAUAUUGACCAUUUUCAAAUAUUGUAUGUAUUUUCAUGAUUUAAACUAUACAUAUCAUUUUUCAAAUAAUGUAGUAUCUCAUUAGUUUCCCAUUCUUGUUUGCUGAACAUAGCUGAAUUUUUUUUGAAAAAUUGAAUUCCCAAAAUUUGCAAUGAAAUCGUCACCAUUUUGUCUGUGUUUCCACUUUUCACUGGAUCGUUCCAGAAAAGAUCCACACUUCCCCCACACAGGAAUUUUCUGAGAAAAAAUUAUUUCCGAUAAUAGUAAGUGCAUUAGGACAUCCAAAGGGGGUAGAAGGGUUAACUUCCAAUUUCUGCCAUGGGGGACCAAUUUGGAAGGAUCUAGAUAUCCAUUUAAAUAUCGACUGUGUAAUUUAUGCACAAUUUUGUAAAAUGUGCUUUUUUCCUGAACCUAUUACAGUCUACAAUAUGUAAGUAUUGAUAUUUUUCUAGUGUGGUAAAACAGUGAUAUCCAAUUAUUUGGCUGAUGCCACGGAAAUAUCAGGCGGAGAUUAUCAUCCGACUCAAGGAGUAAGGUAAUGAACAAUUAAGCCUUGUUGGUCAAUUUGUUAAUCCCUGCCCUUACUAAAAAAUUCCUAUAGGAAGUUUCAGAUUCGCAUAGGAAUUUCUUUAGGAAAUUAAUAAUGGCUGUUGUUUUUAGAAUUCUUGAAUUUGAGAGUACAGGAAUACAUGUUGGUGGCAAGGAAGUGAGCUGUGAAGUGGAACUAUGGGAUUGCAGUGGUGAUCAGAAGUACGGUUGUUCAAUUGGAGUAUUAUUAAGCAAUGGAUAUACAAGCCAUAUUCUUUCUGAAUGCUUACUGCCACAAAUUAUGCGGCUGUAGCCACCUUGUGCAACGGCAACGCAACUUAAUUAUUGCAGUACUCUAUUUUCAGAGUAUCUAUUUUCGUAGUAUUUUAUCAAAAUUCUCAGAGGUUCCCGUAAUUUCUAGCAGUACUUGUGUAUCUGAAGUUUCGGUUCUGUCAGCAUGUUUUUGCUCUUUUAUUGCAGCAAAACACUUUUUAGUUCAUAAUGAAUGCCAGUAAAACAUUAUUGAAAGUAAAUAUGAUAGUCAACAAUCCUGGAUAACUCUGGACUUUUGUUUUUAUAGAUUUGAAAAUUGUUGGCCAGCUAUUCAAAAAGAUGCAAAUGGAGUACUGUUUGUAUAUAAUCCUGACAAUACAAGCCAUGGAAAAGAACUGGAAACACUGUAAUAUUUUCAGGGCUUUAGACAUACCUAAUUUGGGCUCACCCUGAUCUACAGGGGUGGGGCACACCUUGAUCUGCUCAUGUCUUGUUAAUCAGACUAUUGUCAGACCUGUGUGUCGUGUUAACCCUUUAAUUAAGGCCCCAGUUACAUGAUACCAGAUUUGCAUUGGAGCAACAUCAAAUUUUACAGUUUCAAGGGGAGUUUAGCACUGAAAAGUAUGAUUAUAAUAUAACAGAAUUAGUCAAAAACUUCAAAUAUGAAAAAUUGUAAGAUGCCAAAAAGCGUCUUAGUUGAUGUCGCUCGACUCGCUCCAAUGCAAAUCCAGUAUUGUGUAACUGGAGCCUAAUUAGCAGUGUGCCCAAAUGCACCCCACUCGUCUAAUGCCAGACAAUUUUACUUGUGAAGGGGAGAAUGCUGGAACUCAGUAGGUUACACAUAUAUUUUGUUCUCACUUUAGGUAUGUUCAUUUUGUUCUCACUUUAGGUAUGUUCAUUUUGUUCAAGAACAAGGUUUAAGAGAUUCUCAAUGUAUGUUAUUUGCUCAUCAUAAACCAGGAGCCAACGAGAAGAUUAGAUCACAAAUACGUAAGUUGUAUGAUCGACAUUACACCUUUGAAUUUUAACAUGUCCUUUUGGGCCAUCUAUUAUUCAAAUUAUCUGUUUUUAUAGAAGAAAACUAAUGUAAAUUUGGCUAGUUAUGUGCAAUGGCUAACAAAUUUUUACUAAAUCAUUUAGCAUCCUACCUUUCAAAAGUUCCUUGUGUUCAGACAAAUCUGGAGGACGAUUCAGAAGUUGUGAAACAAAAAUUCAAUGAUUUGCUUGCAGUUCUUCUACGAAACUGGACAGACAGACGAGACCAGGAAGAACUGAGUAUUAUGAAUAACUAA